AUGUACAGCAGCAGGCUUGCGAUCUCCGACGAAACAGAGUUCGUCAACCAGGUACAGACCAAGGCAUUGCAUCUGGACCAAGCACCAAAGUCGGGAUGGGUCUCAGAUGGCUGGGCAAGCGUGCCAUUGAUGAAUCCGAGUUUGUUCUUCGCUAGCAUGGCUUUUGUGAUUGAACGCGACCACAGCGUGGAGAAAAAGAGGGUUGGAGUAUGGAUCAGGGUUUUGAAGAGAUUGUGUCUGGGUAUUAUCGCCAGACAUGGAAGAGGUCGGAGUAGAAGGAUUGUCGGCCAUGGUUACCGAGAAAAAGUAGGGCAGUCUAGGUUAAAAGAAGGAAAGGAGAAGAAAUCGGGAAAGGGGAUAACAGGAAGAUCAGAAUCGUACCCAGCCAUUUUUGAAGCCCUGAUCAUCUCAGACAUUGAGAUGAAGGACGAUUACAAGUUCCUCAGGAUCAUUGAUGCUUACAAAACGUUGCAUCUCCGUGUGAAUCUCGUCGGCGUCAUCGUCGAGUUAGGGUUUCCGAACGGCUCCGGUUGUUCCUGUGCUAUUAAAAUCGUUGAUCCAUGGAGUUCUGGAUUUAGUCUUCCGGUUCAGUUCCUCGCACGUACAAUCCAAUCGCUUCCUCGGGUUGAAUUGAUCGGCGAUAUAGUUUUGCUUUCGCGUGUUAAGAUGAUGCUUAUCAAUGGAAAAAUGACGGCUGUAUUUCAUGAAACGCUCUCCUCGUUCGCUUUAUUCAAAGGGAAAGGCGAUGGUUGCUUUUUCCCGUACCAGUCUUCGCCUAAAUUUCAGAUGCGAGAAGAAGAUAAGAACUUCAUCUCGAAUCUGAGAGAAUGGGAGAUCACCUACAAACUCAAAGAAGGGUCAGGCUGUUUCACGUUCUUGAAGGAUGUCAAGGAAGGAGAAUGUUCUAACCUAUCUGUCUGGAUUGUUCACAUUUCUAAGGAGGAUAAAGACAGGUGGUUCAUCUUUAUCUGGGAUGGAACUGAUCUUCCACCAUGCAGUAUCUCGACAAAGGCAUGCAGGGUUCCUUUGCAUGUUGAACCCGAGAAGUUGUCUACCAAUGUGUUACGUGAAUUUCCUACCGUUGGAUCCGUUUUGAGGGUGGAAGUAGGCGAAGCUAGUGAUAAACAAGCUAUUCACUGUCUUAAGCCUGGCCAACACUUGAAGUUUCUCAACCUUCUCUUUCGAGUAGAUUCGGGAUUAUGGAGCGGCAUCUUGACUCAGUUUACAAAGAUGCAAUAUGCAAUGAACCCGGAAAUGCAAACUUUUAAACACCAAAGUCAGGAUCUUUGGAGAAAGAUCUGCAUUGGACCCCCACAUUCUGGAAUCACAGGGGUUGCUCAUGAAGACGCUCCUUUCGUUACUCUAAUGGAUGUCCUCACAUAUCACAAGGUGACUGCUAAAUUCAGAUGUGUAGUUCGGGUCGUAGCUGCAUAUCCGUGGAAUGUCGAGAAAUUCCGCGACUCUGAGGGAAAGUACAAGGUGCUAUUCAUAUUAGAAGAUGCAACUGCUAGAAUCUCUGCCUCCCUUUACGCUGACGAAGGGGUAAACACUUCUACUGCUGUGUCCAUGCUUAUGCAUAUAAGGGAGAGGUUUUUCGGCGGGGACCUCGCUGAUGGGGCCAUUGCCGAAAAGCUAAACAGACUGACUGGGCGACCGGAAACCGAUUCAGAAGAUGCGGAAAGAAAUUCGCCAUGGGUGCAAUGCUGCUUAUUCUCAUACUACAAAGACAAGAAGGAUCGAUGGGGAAGCAGAAGGUUUCGAAUUUUCCGUACAUGGAUCAUCACUUCUUCUUCUCGGCAUAUGUAAUAUCCAAUAUAAACUUAUUCUUGCUGUUAAUAUUGGGAUUAUCAUCAGAACCCCAUGUUAUA